UUGCUCGCUCGGAAAGGGGUUUCUGGAGCCCUGAGGCGGCCCCGGGAGGCCGGGAAAGUCAGUCGGCUUUCCUCUUUAAUUACUUACACCUCCCUCUGGGCGCCGACAUUUUGGGCAGCGGGGGUAGCGUCACUUCCACCCGGGGGGCCCCUCAACUUCCGCCUCGGCUCCCUUCUACCCCUCACUCCCCCUUCCUCCCGCCUUCUUGGCUUCCCUCCUCCCCGCCGCCCUCCCUUCUCCCUCUUUCCCGUCCCUUUCCCAGCUGCUGGAGGGUAGAGAAGCCGGGGCGGCGCCAUCUUGGGUGAGGGCAUGGGGAAGGGGCGGGGCUUAAGGCGACCCUCGGCGCCAUACAGACUAAGGGCAACAAGCUACGAGCGCUCGGCCUCAUCCCGGCGUUGUCGACGCUGGUGGGUGUUAACAAAGAUGAGGGCAGAUUUGAUUCCCUCGUCGCAGCCUCAGGCUUCUCCUGGGUAGGACGUCGAGUUGCAUCAGGAAAAGACAGACAUUGAAGUUCGCCGCCUGCGACGGAGACAGGAGGAAAGAGCGGGCUCCAUCUUGUGCUUUAGUCUUCCAGUGGGUUUUGAAGCCCAUCGGGCGCCAUGUUAACUACGGGAACCCGUCGCCAUUUUCGCCCUUCUCCUCCUUUUGCCCGGCUCCAGUGCCCAGACCCAAGCCCCCCACUGCUCAAUGGACACCCCCAGCCCAGACCCGUGGCCUUCGCCUUUGCCUGAGGAAGAAGAGAAACCUCUGGCUUUAUCUCCUCCUGUUCCCCGGGGCCGUCGAGGCCGAAGUCUUGGGGGGGCCACCUCCUCCAGCCGGACGCUCAAGGCCUCCCUCCCGCGCAAGCGGGGCCGCCCAGCCAAGUCAGAGCAGGAGCCCCCCCUGACACAGGGGGUGAGCGCCCCGGUGGGCAGCGGCGAUGGCAGUGACCUCCUGCUGAUCGAUGAUCAGGGUGUGCCCUACACGGUCUCCGAAGGGUCAGUGGCUGGUGGGCCCGAGAGCUCCAGCCCCGGCCCUAAGAAGGCGCCGCACUUCUGCCCGGUGUGCCUUCGGGCCUUCCCCUACCUCUCCGACCUGGAGCGUCACAGCAUCUCACACUCAGAGCUGAAGCCGCACGAGUGCAAGGAUUGCGGCAAGACCUUCAAGCGGUCCAGCCACCUGCGGCGGCACUGCAACAUCCAUGCGGGCCUGCGGCCCUUCCGCUGCCCGCUCUGCCCCCGCCGCUUCCGAGAGGCGGGCGAGCUGGCCCACCACCACCGCGUCCACUCCGGCGAGCGCCCCUACCAGUGCACGGUGUGCCGGCUGCGCUUCAUGGAGACCAACACGCUCCGGCGCCACGCCAAACGCAAGCACCCCGAGGCCAUGGGGGCACCUCUGUGUCCUCCGGACCCAGAGCCUGAAGCGCCGUGGGACGACGACGGUAUCCCGGCCACGGCAGGGGCCGAUGACGAGGAGGAAGAGCUGGAGGGGAAAGAGCUGGCCUGACCCACACCCCGGGCCACCGCUCCCCCGGCCAGGCUUAGAGCUGGGCGUGCCCCGGGUGCGGGGCCUGGGCAGUGAGGCCGGGACACCUUGUCUGGUGGUCUUCCCGUUCUGGGAGUGGGCUGAGGGUGCAGACCUCAGCUUCUGGGUCCUGCUGCCUUCUACCACCCUCCCGCGGACUGACAGGCCUGUGGAGGCAGGGGCUGUGGAAAUAAAUCUCUGCCUACUGCCCA